GCACCUGAGGCUUCGCAGCUUGGCUCCCCUCUUACCGCGCCGCGGCGCCUCUGCCGGUUUCCCGCAGCAGCCCCCAUGGCCCCGUCCCGGCUGCAGCUCGGCAUCCGCACCGCCUACGCGGCGGUCGGCUGUGUGACGGGUCUCUCCGCCUUCCUCGUCUGGACCUUCGUUUUCCCCCAGCCUGGGACCGCCGCUAUGGGGGGCCUCGCAGGUGUGCUGGCGCUUUGGACUCUGACGACACAUGUGAUGUACAUCCAGGAUUACUGGCGCACCUGGCUCAAGGGCCUUCGAUGCUUCCUCCUCGUGGGUAUCUUCUUCUCCACUGUCUCCAUCACCGCAGUCUGCACCUUCCUCGUCCUGGCCAUCACUAGGCAUCACGGCUUGACAGAUCCCACCAGCUACUACCUCUCCUGUGUAUGGAGCUUCAUCUCCUUCAAAUGGGCCUUCUUGCUCAGCAUAUAUGCCCACCGCUACCGAGCCGACUUUGCUGACAUCAGCAUCCUUAGUGACUUCUGACCUUGAUUACUUAGCCUCCCAAGUGGGGUGGUUCUUAGUGUUUGGACUCAACCUCUGAGAAGCAGAGUGGUUAUUUCUGUGCUCCUGUUGGGGGCUCAGGAACCAUGGCAGAGGAUAUGCUGGUGGUGGUGGUUGGGGGGGAGGGGCAAGGAGGAGGGUCUCCUAGGACACUUUUCCUCACCAUGUGAGCCUUAUUUGUUUUUUAAGGUCCCUGGUGUGGGAAAGGCCUUGCCACCCUGCUUCCUGGCUUAUCUAGGGAGGGAAUGCUUUGUACUUUUUCAUAUGGAUCUAUUUUCUUAUCAUGAGGUAAGCCCUUUUAAAGUGGGGAAUGAAGCAACAGGGUUAGAAGAAGUCUGUGGACUUGUGUUGGGGGCAAGGGUCAGGAGAUGGGUGGAGAGAGAGGUAGUUCAGGUUGCUUCUAUCACCAAGCUUGAAAAAGUCCUCCCGUUACUUUUUAUAAGGGCAGGAUUGGGCCUGAAGAAUAUUUUGUCAAUGAAGCUAUGGGGGGUUCCUGAGAGAAGACUCUUCCCAGCUCCCCCCAUUCCCUGUCCCCAAGAAGAGCCUACAUUUGGCUUUACUCUUUCCCUGUGUCUUGGGGAGUGGACAAAAGGCUGUUUUCCUCCUUUAGGCUCCCAUAGGGUUUUCCCCUCUCUAGGGACCCUGGGGUUAGGCAAUAAUCCUGUAGCCCAGGGCAGUGCUCUCUCUCGGGAAACCUGAAAUGGACACAGAUGUAUUGGCAAAUGCUAAAGAGAUUUGGGAAGGUGGCAAAAUAGCUCAAGCUGGGAGGGAUGUUUUUUCCGGGUCAACCCACAUGUGCACAUACCACCUUACACCCUCAUCUAUUCUCCAUCCAGUCCUACCUAGGCCACCUUCCUGGGGCUGAGAUUGGGGCAGGGGAGGAUGCACAGUAUUGCAGGAGAGGAAGCUUUGGAGACAGCAUUGGGGCUAAACCUCUAAGGUGGAAUUCUCCCCCUAGCUUACCACAGGUCCUCUGCUUUCUUUCCUUCCUCUAGUGCUUUUAUCUUUUUGCCCUACUUCUGAACAAAAUUAUCUGCUUUCUAAUGCUGUGCCCUGACCCAGGGGCCCUUAAUAAGUUCUAAGGGUCUGCUGUUGCAUUUUUACAUCGUACUGGCAUUGUGCAUGCUUCAGUUUUUAGCUCUUUCCUCCCCAUUCCUCAAACUAGUUCUUGUGCCCUCCCCAACCUCAGUCAUAUUCCCAUGUCACUGUCACUUUAACAAAAAUACAACAAACAGCUGCUUUAUCACUGAA